UGUUAAAGUGUUUGUGGGCUUGGCUAACUCAUCCCCUUUAACUUUGUUCAAUGAAAAAGAAAAUCCUCUGAAAAUCACAGAAAAUGGAUAGAAGUGAAGAGGACACACUAGAUACACUGAAAGGGAACGUCAAUAACAUUGUAAUAGGAACAAUAUACGGAGUUUUACUGAUUAUUAUUAUCAUUCAUAUCAUUGUUCGUUGUGAGUUGAGGAGGAGACGAUUAAAUAAUAACACGAUACACAUACCAGGAGACAAAUCAUUCAAACAUAAAAAGUUACGUCAGAUCAUAUCAUGUGACAUUGAAAGAGUUCGUAAUAUUUCAUCAGACGUGAGGCUAGUCGAUCAAUCAUUAGAUCCAUCUGCUUUCGGAACCUCUUCAGAUGACAGUCCGUUCCCUGGUCACUGGUACAGGAUGAAAGCUUUUGAUGAAUCAGCAGAUUUUGUGACCGCUCAUAUAAAUUAUCUGAAGCUCCAUGAUGAUAAAUCAGUUCUCCUCCUCUCCCCCUCCCCCACCCAGCUCCCCAUUAACAAGUUCCUCUUACUAUUGAAAGAGGCUGGAGUGUUGAGUGAUGGUAAUGACCCUAUCAUUAAUGAAGUUAACGAGAUUUAUAAUCACUGCAGAUAUGAAGCAAAGAGCUUCACAGUAACUCAUUACCAGAGAAUCAAGCACCUUCUAGCAGCACUGGCUAACAUUAUAUCUUCUUCCAGUGGUGUUCUCUCUUCUCUUCCAGUCAUUUCAUUUUCCACUUCAUCAUUAUCAACUCAUCACACUCAGACCACGCCUUUAGCCACACCUACCACACCCCAGGAGCUGUUCAUGGGUGGAGCCACCCUAGGAGGUUUGACCCCUCCCACCCGAUCAUCAGUGAAGAGAGACAGUAAAGGUCACAGGCCACCUAAUCUUGAGUUAGCGGCGAUGACCACACCUACCAGUGCCACACCUACUCCUGCAUCAUCGUUAUUUCCGUGGACUGAUACACGAAAACUAAUGCCAGGAACCCCUGUAUGAGGGCACCCCUCUUAUUUGAAAAAACUUGUGAAUUUUCUAAUUAAGAAAGCCAAUAAUUGUUUAUUAAUAUCAUGUUACUGUACAAUCAGUUAAUGAAUCAGUGAAUCAGUUAAUGAAUCAGUGAA